AUGUUGAAGAGUGUGAUUUUUCUUGUUCUUUGUAUUCUACCAUCUUCACUUGGCCGGCCGUUUUCUCAUGAGCAGCAACGCCUUCAGCCUCAGCCAUCAUUCCCGGUUGCUCGUCUUCAUGUGACGUCUCCCGGCGAAAUUCGUGAUAUCCUCGAGUUUUCCAAGUCAAGGAACUAUGAUGUCUGGACGGUUACCAACAACUGGGUCGACAUUCGGCUUGAUACCACUCAACUACCUUCAUCCUUUGCAUCCUUUAAUGCCUCUCUUAGGGUGAUCCAACCCCCUUACCAACACCCAGACCAAUUCCGUCCCAACCCUUCGUUGACUUGUAGCCUCGAAAGUCUUCACUCACCAGUGCACAAUGACUAUCAUCGGUUCGAAGACGUCAUCGAAUACGCCAAUGAGCUCGCACGCACUUUCCCCCUUCACGUGGAGCUGGUAAGGAUGGGGCAGAGCACGGAGAGUAGAGAAAUCUUAGGGAUCAAAAUUGAGAGGCCUGGAGGAAGAAAAGUCAGGCCCCGAGUAAUUAUUCUAGGGCCACAGCACGCCCGCGACUGGAUCGCCACCUCCACUGCGUUAUAUUUUGCCCACACUUUAGUUGUCUCCUCUGACCAGGGUGGAUCCAUGAACCACCUUCUCAAUAAAUUUGCGUUCACCAUAGUUCCUAUUCCGAACCCUGACGGCUAUGUCCAUACAUGGGACGUGGAUCGCCUUUGGUACAAGAACCGCUCACCAACCAAGAACGAGGGAUGCGUCGGCAUUGAUAUGAAUCGCAAUUGGGGCCAGUACUGGAAAACCUCUGAUGACCCUUGCCAUCAUUGGUAUGGGGGUUCCGGGCCAUUCGAAGCGCCUGAGGUCAACGCUAUUGCGUCAUAUAUUGAAAGGACCAGUAACAUUCGCAUACUUCUUGACCUUCGGAGCUACGGGCAGAUGCUCAUGUAUCCGUAUUCGUAUUCGUGCGACACACUCCCUCCGAACGCGGAGAAUUUAAUCGAAUUAGCACUAGGCGCGUCUAAAGCCAGUAAGUCAGUACAUGGAGUCUCGAUGAUCACUGGUGCUGCGUGCGAGGUCCUGUACAGCGCACCCGGGAGUGUACUCGAUUGGGCUUACAGCGAGGCGGGCGUGAAGUUCACAUAUAGCAUUUCCUUGCGAGAUACUGGCACCUAUGGAUAUCUCCUCCCACCACAGCUAAUCAGGCCUGUUGGUGAGGAGACCUCGGCCCUCAUCGAAUACAUCGCCAAUUGGGUCGCUAAAGUGAGCAUAUCUGCUCCUCGCCUGAUCCAAGGAUUCACAACAUUUUGUAACUGCAGAAUACGCUCUAGGCGGGGGCCGGGUGCUCUCUUGCUCACGAAACAUUACUUGUCCAAAAUGGUUUCUGAUGAUCGUUCAGUCUGAAAUCUUUGUUCGAAUGCCUAUGCUUCUUGUGAAUUCGUUCUCGUGGUGUAUUUUCUUCGCGCAUUCUGCUGAUCUUGUGUAGCCUUACUAGCCUGUAUCCCUCCCCUGAUUUUCGCCCCCCUCCCACGGCCCGCCGGUUAACAAUCCCCGAUUUGAUGCCCACCCCACGAGCCCAAGACAAGCACCUUUAUCGUCAUGCGGACAUGACAGC